AGAUAGCGAGAGUAGAAGCAGAUAGUGUCCCUCCCUCGCCCUCCUGAGAGCUUGGCAGUGCGAAGUUUUUUUAAGGCAGUCGUAGAAGAGACUCGGACGAAGACACGACCCAAAGGGAUAGUAGCGGCAACAUGCAGCAGUACUGCCUCAUCAUCUUUGCUGUGAUCGCCUCGGCGUCAGCUAGCACGGUGCAAGACUCCAAUGCCUAUAUGGAUUUAGUUCUUGAGCAACAUCUGCCACGUUUGGUCUUGGGAAACCACGAACUCUAUCCUGGGGCUCGGAUUCCAGACUUCCACUUCAAGAUACUGAAGACAGGGAUCACCAACCGCGAUUUGAAGGCUAACAUAUCCGACGGUUGGAUCCAUGGCUUCGACACUGGCGUCCAUCGUUUGGGCAACUGUGAACAGCCUAUUCUGCUCAGCGGAAACACUACCGUCAACUGCGUGCUCAACAUGACGGGCAUCGGGGCAACUCUGACUGCGACGACCAAGGGAGACAGCUUGGUGGGCACAAUAAAGACUAUCUGGGUCAAUGUGACGCUUAAGAAGGAAACCGUGCUGAGGGUGGCCGUCACCGCGCAGCACCCAAAGCCGGCGUCCCUGAUGACUUUCUUCAUGGAACGCCUCAAACUGAAGACCAAGUAUGACGACAAUCUGAGUCUCAACGACGAUCGCGAAGAGCAAUUCGAAGAGCUGAUCGAGGAGAAGGUCAGAGACAUACUCAUCUCUGCCAUCUACAACCCGUACAAGGCCAUGUUCGAAACAGCCGUCCAGAUGGCCACGCCAGCAUUCCCACGCGCCUGAACGAGUGGAGUUAAGCGGUUUCAUCGUGUUGGACGAAAUACGCCACGCUCUUUAUGUACUCUUUAAAUUGCCUCGUGGACUUGUUGUGAAUAAUAUGGAGGAAUAAAAGAGAAACUACUUUUAA